CAGGCCAAUAGGAGUCGGGCCGUUGGAUUCAAACGGAGCGCGGCGCAGAAGCGAGCGGUUAGUCUGCGGUGCUAUUCGUGUGCGUGAGGGGAGCUGUCCUGAGCUUUCGUCCAGCUGCCGCCCUCUCUUGCUUCUCGCCAUGGCCGAAAAGCAGAUCUACUAUUCUGACAAGUACUUUGACGAGCAGUACGAAUACCGACAUGUGAUGCUGCCAAGAGAACUUUCAAAACAAGUGCCAAGAUCCCAUCUGAUGUCUGAAGAGGAGUGGAGACGACUGGGUGUUCAGCAAAGUCUUGGCUGGGUUCACUAUAUGAUCCACAAGCCUGAACCACAUAUUCUUCUCUUCAGGAGACCACUUCCGAAAGACGAGAAGAAAUGAACCAUUGUCUGUACACCUUCUCCUAAAUCUUCUGCAACUAUGUAUAUGAGUGUAUAUAUGUUGGUAGUAUUCAGUGAAUACUUGAAAAUGUACAAAACAUACAUCCAUACCUGUGCAUGAGCUGUAUUAUUCACAGCAACAGAGCUCAGUCAAAUGCAAUUCCAAGUAGGCUGCUAUU